ACCCCCAAUUCCCGUCCGGAAACCCGAAGCUCAAUCUUUUAUAGCUCUCCUCCUCCCGGUGCUCCGCCGGACCAAUUUGAGAAUGACGACGACGGCUUUCUCGUAAUUGAUCGUGAUGGAAAAGGGUAUUUCUGUCAAUUGGAACUGUGGAUAACGUGGGAUCGAGCGGCUGCCCUCUUAUUCAAAAUUAGGGUUUCUUCUUCUUGUUUCGUGUUGCUUUCGAGAUCUGUAGCAGAGAAUCAUGGCGUUAAUGAUGAUGACUGCGGUCGGUCCGAAGCUUCCGCUUCAACGGAAUAAAUCUCGAAUUUCUCGAGUGAUCGUGCCUAUAAGUUUGAAAGCCACUCUAAGUAGAACAACUGAAAGAGCUACUGCUUGUAAUGUAUGGGAAGGUCAAAGCCUAACAUUUUUGCAUCAAAGAGGCUUAAGGCAUUCCCCUUGGUCCACAUUUGCAGUUGGUCCAGGUUUAGAAGCAUCAAUAUCUGAUCCGUCAAAGAAUGACAUAAGAUUGGACAAUGUUAAGAUAGUCAUCGAGUCACGUGACAUUGAUAAGAUUACUGUAAGAGUGGACUUAACUGGUGAGGAAACACAGAAGGCAUUUGAUAUUGUCUUAACAAAUUUGGCUCGCACUGCACCUCCAAUUCCAGGAUUCCGGAGAAUGAAAGGAGGAAAGACAUCCAAUGUGCCAAAGAGCUUUCUAUUACAGAUGCUUGGGCGAGACCGUGUAACUAAAUUUCUUAUACAAGAAAUUGUUGGUAUUACAAUUGGAGACUAUGUGAAGAAGGAAAACCUAAAGGUGAAAAGCCAGUUUAAAACGAUCCAGACAGCUGAAGAGCUCGAAGCAGCUUUUACUCCAGGAAGUGAAUUUGGAUUCAAUGCUGUGGUGGAUGUUGAAAAUUCAGAUUCUGAAACCACCAGCUCAAGCGCUUCCUAGUCAUAAAUAGAUAAUUUUGCAACUAGACAUGCAUAUCAUUUAAAAAAAAUGCUUUAUUUGUUUUUUCUUUGUAGUAACUUCCAUCAAACUCUGAUGAAUCAAUGAUGUAUCAAUGCAGAACUUUAUAUCGAGGUCGGAUAUCAAUUGCCAUCAUGUCACAUAUUAAUUCUCGAAAUAAUUAUGGAAUAUAACUACUUUGAU